AAAGUUUCAAAUCGAUCUCGGCCUCUGUCUCUGAUUUUAGAUCGAAGAGGGAGCCGUGAACUUUUUCGAUAAGUAAUGCACACGGUUCCGCGCUCAAACGAAGACCUGUACUUUUUCAAUGUUAAUACCGUCGUAAAUCUCGUUGGGGAUGCUCGGUUGAUAAAUAAUCCGGCGGCCCGAACGCAUGCGCCCUGGCCAUCGAUUAUUUUGAUUGGUGCCAGAUAUUACCAGGCUCCAGUUUGUGGCAGUUUGCCACAAAGGAAAACGAAUCUCGAAUUCCCUGUAACCUCGAGCGCUCGGAUAAACGAUAACAAACGAUACACACCGUCAAAAAUUUCGAGGAGUGAAAGAUGUUACUUACGUUGGAUAAAAUUGCGGGAAAAAUUGCGAGGAAGUGACAACAAUAGCGAAUACGGAUGGAAAUUUCGAUGGAAAUUUCGAAUUGAAAAUUCAUGAGUUCCCUUCAAAUUAUUAUCCAGCGAGUAUCGUCCAAUUUUUCGGUCCAAAAAAUCAUUCACCGUGGAUAAAUUCGAUCCUUAAGAAGAAUCAUGACUACCACCACGAAACCGACCAGCUGCAAAGAGGCGAUUCGAAUGUGGGAGGAAGAGAAUAAACAAGAUGCUUCGACCGCGAAGGAAAUGAUCCUCAGCUUUCGAUGGCCUCCCAUAGAAAAAAUGGACAAUUCUUUGGCGGUUUUGGUCAAUUGUGAAAAACUCUCCCUCUCGACGAAUAUGAUCGAAAAGAUUGCGGGAAUCGGAACGUUGAAGAAUCUGAAGAUCCUCGCCUUAGGCCGUAAUCUGAUCAAAUCGUUCGCUGGAUUGGAGCCAUUGGGCGAUACACUGGAGGAACUAUGGAUUUCGUAUAACCUGAUCGAGAAAAUGAAGGGAAUCAACGCGAUGAAAAAUUUGCGCGUCCUCUACAUGUCGAAUAAUCUGGUCAAAGAUUGGCACGAGUUCAAUAGACUUCAGGAGCUCACGAAUCUUCGUGAUUUACUUUUUGUUGGAAAUCCAUUGUACGAGAAUCUCGAGGUUGAAAUCUGGAAAUCAGAAGUAGCUAAACGUCUGCCAAUGUUAGAAAAAUUAGACGGUGAAUUGAUCAUACGAACAGAGGAAAACGAGGCUUUGUUGCAUCUUGACAGUCCUGUGCAAAUAUGAGGACUAAUGAA